UUUUGAACAUUUAACACGGACAAAAAUGUUAUAUCCAUCCAUUUAUUGAAAAAAGAGCUACUUCAGUGGAGCUAAUUAUACUAUCGAACGAACAAAAAACUUGUUUUGUCUCUCGCAUCUAACAAAAAAAAAUCAAGAAAAACGUUGGUCUUUGAGUAUUUGUGCUGAAGAGCUCCGAUAAUAAAAUUGAUCAAAAUUUCUCGCGAAAUAGUGCAAAAACAAAUAUGAAUAGAAAUAGAAAGAACCAAAGUGAGAUGGCUGAGAGGAUUCUGUAUCUUGAGGAAGAGAAUAGAAGACUGAAUCAGCUAAAUUCUACUCUAAAACGUGAAAUAACCGAUCUACGUAACAUCGUGCAGGAGUUUUUGGUGGAGUCAACAAAAACUCAGAGUGAAUUAUUUGCAUAUUUUAUCAAAGAUUUGAAUAAACCACCUGAUUCCACAUACCUUUUUCAUAGGCUGCCAGCCUCUCAAUUCUGCCCAGGCGAUACACCUCAUCCCAAUUUUACAAAUCGAAUGGCUGCUUUGAAUGAACGUGAUGAAGAUGAGAUAAAAGUGGAUUCAGAUUAAAAAAAGACUAGGCGUUUAGGUUAAUUCUAUCAUUUAUUUCUAGUAUAUCUCCAUAUAAACAUUCUUCCCUAACAUAAAACAUUAUUAUUAAAAAAAAGUCAAAAAAACAUAACAUUUACAAUGAUAAUCGCGCCUUGAGAGAGAUGAUUGCGCGAUUCUUCUGGGGAUUUUUUUUUCUUCUCAAUUUCCCCUUAUUUUAUCAAAGACACACACCAUUGUUAUCUACGCAUCGUUGAAAAUGAAUUCAUUCAUAAAACCAAGGCGCUUUUGAUGCAAAGAAAACCCUCAGUUUAGAAAAUUGUAAUAAAUGUAUAUAUUUCUUGUGUGAGGAGCACAGAGGGUAAAAGGAGAAUAGGGAUGUUUAAUACAAAAAUUGAUUGGUUCAAUCUCUCUCUCUCUCUCUCUCUCAAGAUUAAUGCAUUAAUGAAUCGUCUUUGUACUUGAAUAAUUAAAUAUACAAUAAAUUGUUUUCUUUUUAAGGAGAAA